AUGGACAACGGAAACCUGGGGGCUUCGCUCGCCACGUACCGCCAGCAGCAGGGGUCCCAGGCCAUGCAGCACCAGCACAUGGGGCACAACGGAACCGUGUCCUACCACAUGACCGCGGCCGGGGUGUCGCAGCUGUCGCACUCCGCCAUGGGAGGCUAUUGCAAUGGGAACUUGGGAAACAUGAGCGAGCUGCCGCCGCCGUACCAGGACGGGAUGAGAGGCAGCGCCGCGGCUACGGGCUGGUACGGAACCAACCCGGACCCACGCUUCUCCACAAUCUCUCGCUUCAUGGGCUCCUCCUCCGGCAUGAACAUGGGGGGCAUGGGCGGCCUGGGGUCCCUGGCCGACGUGGGGAAAGGCAUGGGGUCCCUGUCCAGCGCCCCCCGUCGGAAGAGGAGGGUACUGUUCUCGCAGGCGCAGGUGUACGAGCUGGAGAGGCGCUUCAAACAGCAGAAGUACCUGUCGGCCCCAGAGAGAGAGCACCUGGCCAGCAUGAUCCACCUCACGCCCACUCAGGUGAAAAUCUGGUUCCAAAAUCACCGCUACAAGAUGAAGCGCCAGGCCAAGGACAAGGCCUCACAACAGCAGCUGCAGCAGGAUUCCUCCGGGUCCUGCGCGCAACACAACCAGAGCUCCCAGCAGCAGUCCCCGCGCAGAGUGGCGGUCCCUGUGCUCGUUAAAGACGGCAAGCCGUGUCAGGGCAGCGCCAACACUCCCACGGCCGCUUCACACCACCACAACCACAACAACCACCACACCAGCCACCUCCAGCCCCAACCCCAGCAGCAGCAGCAGCAGCAACAGCAGCAACAACAGCAGCAGCAGCAGCAGAGCGCGGUUAUGGUCAUGUCUAACGCGUUGGUACAGCACCAGGGCCAGAUCUCCAGCACGGGCCACUCCCCAGACUUGGCCGGGUCUAGUCCGCCUGUCUCCGGGUUGUCGCAUCUGAACUCGCCCGGAGCGGAGUAUGCGCUGCUAUACGGCCGAACGUGGUGA